CCGUUAGUGUGCAGCGGGGAGGCAGCGUUAGGAAGAAACCUUGGGGAACGUGUGACCCAUUUCAAUGAACAAAGGAUUUGUUUAUUACCAAGGCGACCGCAGGCCACUUCGAGAAGCACUGCAGUGCGAUGGUGCAGCUUCUAAAAUGGCGGACGUAGUGUUGGCAAGGGCGGAGGGAGGGCGGCAGGAGACAGAGAACUGGGGAGGACCCAGAAAAAGAGCUCGCGGGGGAGCGCGAGAGCGUCAGCUCUAGGCGGUACUUCCCCUUCGUCUCGGUGGUAGCGAGGCGUGCGGCACGGGCUCGUCAUCAUGGCAACUGAGACCGAGGCCGGGGAACCCGGGAAGGGGAAGCCUUUUAAGCUUCUAGGAAUUUUGGAUGUCCAAAAUGUACCCUGUGCAAGAGAUUCUGUACUCUGUGGUUCAUUAGGAUCUGUUGUAGCUGGCUUCGGACAUUUUUUAUUAACCAGUAGAGUUAGAAGAUCUUGUGAUGUUGCAGUAGGAGUAUUUAUUUUGGGAACUUUAGGAAGCUGGUUUCAUUGUAGAUAUAAUUUUGCAAAGCAAAGAAUCCAACAAAGAAUGAUCCAAGAAGGAAUAAAAAACAAGAUUUUGUUUGAAAGCACCCACCUUGAUCCUGAAAGAAAAGAAAUCAGCACCAAAAGCAGCAAUUCUUAAUAUAGAACAGAAGGCCAUGGAACAACUUAAGCCUUGAAAUCACGGACUAUGAGCAAAAGUUGAUCAGCUGUAGAAACGUUAACAGGGACACUUACCAAAAAAACAAACAUGGAAAUUAUUUUCAAAACAUCUACAGUAUAUAAAAGUGGCUAACAUUUCAUUCUUCUGUAUUGUAAAUGUCAAACAUUUCUGAUUGUGCAGCACAAUUCCAAAUUCAUUAGUUUCAUGAUGGCAAAAUUAGUGUUUGGCACACUUGAAAAUUGAUUGUAGGUUAAUGACUUGCUGUGAUGUAAUAAUAAUCCUUUUACUGUACAAUAGCAAAGGUCUCAUCCUCUUUUAUCUAUUGGAAUUAAAUACCUUAGCAAGUUAUUGAAUAGUGUCUAAGAUUCAAAAACUUGCUCCUCUGGAUUAUUCUGAAACUUUAAAAAAAAAUCAUAUCUAAUCUUCCCAGUUCAAAAUGAGAUUGUUUUCAUUUGAAGUAUGACUAUAUUGACUGUAAGGUUAGUAUUGGAUGUUAGAUGACCUAUUAUAUACUUUGAGAAAACUUGGACUAUAGUCAUUUGUUGUUAGAACCCUUAGAAAUUUUGGGGAGGUUACUUACCAUUAGUUUUUUACUCAGUCUUCAUUUCUUUCUCUCAUUCAGUAUAAGGGUCCAUGUCUAGCAUUCACUAAAUGAAGACACAAAGAUGCACUUUUAAUAUAAAUGUGUAAGAGCAUUAGAAAAACCCUAAAAACUGAAAUACAUUUUAAAAUCUAUUAUCCUUUACUAACCCUUUGUCAUCCACCCAAAAUGGCUUGGAAAAAUGAAGAUGGUGAUGCUUAUCAACCCGAGUAUUUCUCUUAUCAGCUACAAUACUUCUUACAAAGACAUAACCUCUACCUAAAUUCCCUAUUCAAUUGAGCAUAUUUUCUAGUUUGGGGAUAUUAGAUAUGUAUAUAUAUGAAGAUAUGCACACAUAUUGUGUACAUAUAAAAUAUUUUAACAAGGCUAAAUCCAUUUUAAGUGUACUAAGGUAUGAAGCAUUGCUUGCACCCGUUUUUCUCUAGAAAUUUCAAGCAAGGCCCCUAUCACUAGGGGGAAAAAAAUCCCUAUGCCUCUAUCCAAAUUCUCAUAGCCUCAGAAGCCAGAAGAAAUUAAGGCUGAUUCACCCAUUUUCAAGGUGAAGAAACAAGUAUUUAGUUAUUUGCCCAAAGUGUAACAACAGGUGCAGGGCAGAACUAGGACCGGAAUCCUGGCCAGUCCCCCCCAUCCUCUCCCACAAAGCCCCACACUCAAUGCUGCUCUCUUUUCAUCUACUUUUUAGAGCUCAAAAUCCUUGGAGCUAGGAAUGCAUAUAGGUAGGAAAAUGUAGUCUACAGAAAGGGAAGUGUUUUCAACUGGUAGUAAUAAAAAUCAGUGUUACAAGACAAAACUGGCCCAACUACCAAUUCUGUUUCCCUGGGGCAAUAUAGUUUUCAAAAUUCUUUUGGCAGCCAAAGAAAUUAAGGUUAGGAAAGGAGGAUAGUAUAACUGACUUCUUUAAACAAAAUACUUUUAAAGUUAAACUGUUCUACAAAGUGUUUUGUCCUUUAAUUCUCAAAGAAGAGAUUUACUUUUAAAUAUGUGGAGAAAGGUAGUAGUAGCAGUGUCCCCUUUACUUCUUAAAGCUAUCUAGCUUUUUGUAGAUUUUAAGAAAUGCUUGAACAAAUGUUUUAACUACAGGCUUUUUUCCCUUAAGCAACUGUUUUUUAUCUUUGGAGUUUUCUCAAAGCCAAGUAUCACUACUGAUGUUUCUACUUGGCAACCAAAAUACUUGGCCAUUAGAG